GGAAAGAGCAGACGAACGUCAUAUAUAACUUGGAAAUAAAAGUUGUACAACCUCGUGAAAAUCGCAUCUUGCUGUGUAUAACGCUGUUAAUGGAUAUUCCUGUUGCUGAGUUUGUGUAAAUAGGAGGGAAAAGAUAAGAGAAAUGGGAAGUAAGUCAGUGUUGGAUCCAACUAACGACGAGGAAUCUCUAUCAAAUAGUAAAGUGGGUAGCUCUGGUGCUUUUCAGGUAGGAAGACUACACGUUCACUGGAUGGGCACACAUAGGCUGGAGGAUACAAGUGGACACAGUGUAAAUGAUCUUACUUCGACGAAGUAUAACCUAGUAAAAACUGUGGAAACAGAUGAAAAUUUAAAAAAAAAAAUUUACUACAGCUGCGUGCCAACUACUUGGCUUUCCCAGUGCAUGAAGUUUAUGCUGUACCCACCAGUUGGGUCACAUUCUGCAAAUGGGAAAAAUCAAGAACCAAGUCAAUGGAGAAGUAAUGUAUUUAAAAGAUUUCGGUACCCAACCAAUUCUUGGUUCGAGUACGACGUUGUUCAAGUUUUCAACGCAUCAAAGCCAGGGAGUCAUGAUAGUGUCUAUAAGUCUGCGUCUGCAGCCAUGAAAGGCAGUACUUUCGAAAACUUUCGGCAAAACUUUUGAAGAUCUGCUAAAGUCUGACAACGACGUAACAUUUGGAAGGGGAAAUCGGGUAAAAAAGAAAAAAGUGUAUGAUACAGGAGUGGAUGAGCCGGGAAAAAAAAAGGAAAAAAGCAAGUGAAGUAAAAGAAGUGAAAGACGCUCCGGCUGCUGUUAUCGGCAACGGUGAUGAAGGGCAGUCAAUCUUACCUGACGCUGGUGAUGAAAUCAGUUCUGUUGUCGCCUUCUGUUUCCUUUGCUCUCAGAUAACUGGAAUGUUGACAAAGAUAGCAAUGAUGGUAGAUUUGUAAUGUAUUUGUCCUUUUUUAACAAUGAAAAUUAGUUUUCUCCAAAUAACGUAGAAGAAACGAUCUUUCCACUUGAACCAACAUCUUGGGUGGAGCAGGGCGAACAGAGCGCAACUCCAGAGUUUCAUGGAACAAUGAUGAAUUUAGACACGCAUCAACUAUGCCCAUCUUUAUCGCCUUCAUUAAAUGGGCCGACAGGCAAUACGUCAACCAAUGGGACA